AUGAAGUCACAAGAAGCUCCAGCUCCAGUAGACAAUUUAGCACUAGCCUUCGAAGGUGAUUUAAUAUUAUUUGACAAAAACCUACCAACACACCAGCCAGCCCAACUGAGUGUGGCAGCAGUUAAUCUUUUAACUGGUGAUAUUCCAGAAGCAGAUCCUGAAGCUGGUUCAGGAAUAAAAAAUAACAAAAAAAUUAGAUACAAAUUAGUUUCUAAAACAGAUAAAGAAUGGUUCGAUCUAAUAGAAUCAAAUAUUAGUGAACCUAGUAAUCCAGAACCUCAAGCUUAUCAUUUUCUAGAUUUGGAUAUAGAAGUACUUUGGCCAGUCCUAUUUCCAAAUGAUGAAAAACAUUGUGCAAUUUGGCAGAAAGGAAUUCAGUAUGCAAAAGAUAUGUUUAAGGAACUUAAAUUAGAAGCUGGAAUGACCAAAGGAGAUGAAUCUCAAGCAAAGAUCGCUUUUAAAAUUAUUGAUAAAUAUGAGCCUAUUUGUGAAUCAAAAAAGACAGGUAGAAAAUAUGUCAGGGGUGGUCCAAAUGUUAUACUUACAAAGAAAACGAAGCCAGGAUUUUGGAUAGGAAUAGACGAAAAAUUUCUGGUUAGAGAAGUCAGUGAGCAAUCUGAGGUAGAGAAGCUUGAUAGUAAUGCAGUAGUAUAUAGAUUAUAUCAAAUUCGAAAGCCAGAUGUCAAUUGA